ACCUGUACCCUGAGCAGCCUAUCAAUAGGGAGUCGCAGAGAAUUCGCUCCAUUUCUGGUUCAGGGACACGCACGAGACUCUGAAGGGGCCGCACGGGAGACUGCCGCUACGUAAGCGACAGAGAUACAACAUCACUCCAGCCCUGCAAUCCCAUCCAGGCUUCGGCAUAGAGUCCUGCAUUACCAGCCCUUGCACCACCGACCUCACCAUGAGCUUCAAGGCCAAGGACCUACAGUUUGACAGCUCUCAGCCAGCCUUCUUACAGCGGCUACGUGGGCAACUUCAAAGUGGGGAUACCGCUCGUCAUGAGCAUCCCAUUGCCAGAAACAAGAGGAUGAACAAGGAUGAUGAUGAAGAUGAUGCGCCGACAUACGUCUUGGAAGAUACUAACCAGUCGUUGAGCAAAGAGGAGUAUGAUGCGCUCGUCUCUGGCAAGGACAGCAAGGGCGAAGAAGACUCGGUAACAGAUGAAGCCGGGCAAAAGGCAACCAAGCAAGAUGAGUCGAAACCCAAAGACAAGAUUGCUGAAGUUGGUGCAAAUACAAAGAAGCGCAAGGCCGCGAAGAUCAUUGGCGACGAUCAAGGCGAUGGCAGGAGCGAAAUAGAAGGGGAUGCCGAAAAGCCUACCACCAAACCAGCCAAGAAGCCAAAAAAGAAAGCCAAAGCAGUCAAGCUUACCUUUGGAGACGAAGAUGAAGGAUGAGGGGGGUCAGAAUCUACAUUAUCUUCACAGACACGUAAUCCU